AUGGGCGGUCGAAUUGUCGUGACGGGUGGCUCGGGGAAAGUCGGUCGCUUUGCGAUCCAGUCACUGGUAGAGAAAGGCUUCGAGGUGCUGAACCUCGACCUCCAAGAGCUUCCUCCGGCUCUCAGUCAACAUGUCCACACCAUCAAGGUCGACUUGUCGGACGCCGGGCAGGUAUUCAGCGCCAUUUCGUCGCCCUUUAAACUCACGCAACCGUUCCGCGAGCCAUUGCUCCAGCCUCCGGAUGCCGUCGUCCAUCUAGCGGGUUAUGCUCGGAACAUGCUCGCUCCCGACAGCGAGACCUGGAGAACCAAUGUGUUAUCGACGUUCAAUGUCCUAGAGGCAGCAUCCAAGCUGGGAGUCAGGAAGAUUGUUCUCGCCAGCUCGGUGUGCGUCUAUGGAGUGACCUUUGGGCAGGGCGAUGUGGACUUUCCCUCUUUCCCAAUCGACGAGACUCUGAACGUGGUACCGACCGACGUAUAUUCAAUGUCCAAGCUAACGAGUGAGAAUCUCGGCAGAGGGUUCGCACUAAAGUAUGGAAUCGACGUGUACGCCCUGAGGAUCGGGGCCGUCAUAGCACCGGACGAGUAUGCAACCGAAUUCCGCAGCUACGUCUCCAGUCCUGCCGACUGGAAAGUCCACGGCUGGUCUUACAUUGACGCUCGUGACCUCGCGUCCAUGAUUCAGCUGUCAAUCACCAAGGAUGGGCUGGGAUUCCAGAUCUUCAACGCCACAAACGAUGAGAUCACACACGACUGCCCUUCCACGACGGAAUUUCUUCAGAAAAUCUGUCCAAACACACCCUUUACCAGGGAUCUCGGCCCAAAAGAGGCGCCCAUGAGCAACCGGAAAAUAAAGGAGUAUCUAGGUUUCAAAGAGGAGCACAAUUGGCGAAAGUAUUACGCUGCAUAG